GCCUUCCAACAGCCGCUGCAAAGGGGGUGUGUAUGCAUACAUGUGGGGGAACUUAAUAAAGGCGGAGAGGCGGAGCCGAGGGGAGGAGCUCGGCUCUUCCAUUGGCUGGCCGCAGGAGUGAUGUCACCCAUAUGAAACCCUGAUAACUAGUUCGGAGAGAACCCGCAACUUUUGCAGAAGGGGGAGCGUGAUCCAGCGAGAUCUCUGGGUCCCGGCGGCUGCUGUUGCUGCUGCUGCUGCUGCUGUAGGGGGAGGGGAAAGAGCCGGAGCGAGUCCUGCUUCUGCCGCUGCUAGACGGAUAAUCAGCGGCGUCCGAGGGGCAGGAGAGGAGCGCAGAGACUGAGAGACGCAAAGGGCCGGGGAGGAGGGGGGGGAGAAGAAGGAGCUUGCAACUUGCGCGCCGGGCUUCACCUUGCAGCCGUUCACUUGAGUCGAACGAGGUGGGCGAGCGGUCGGUGGGUGCAAAGUGGAGGAAAAAUACAUUAAAAAAUAAUAAUAAUCGACCCGAAAGACUACUAAGAAACUCUCAAAAGAAAUCGUACCUCCCACCAUGGUCCAGCAAGCGGAAAGUCCAGAGUCGGAGAACAACCUGCCCAGAGAAGCGAUGGAUACCGAAGAAGGGGAGUUUAUGGCGUGCAGUCCGGUGGCGCUGGAUGAGAGCGAUCCGGAUUGGUGCAAAACGGCCUCGGGGCACAUCAAGAGACCGAUGAACGCCUUCAUGGUGUGGUCCAAGAUCGAGCGCAGAAAAAUCAUGGAGCAGUCGCCGGACAUGCACAACGCCGAGAUCUCCAAGCGCCUGGGCAAACGGUGGAAAAUGCUCAAGGACAGCGAAAAGAUCCCGUUCAUCCGGGAAGCCGAAAGACUGCGCCUUAAACACAUGGCCGAUUAUCCCGAUUACAAAUACCGGCCGAGGAAAAAGCCCAAAAUAGACCCGUCCGCCAAACCCAGCGCCAACCACAGCCCGGAGAAAAACACACCCACCAGUACCGGCAGCGGCAACAGCAACAGCGGCAAGAGCGCCAAAAGCUCCAGUAAGAAAUGUAGCAAAGGGAAAACCUCCUCCUCCUCCUCCUCCUCGUCGUCGUCGUCGUCGUCUCCCCCGAAGGCCGGGACGAAGCUGGCCCCCCACCCGGGUGACUUCGGGGGAGAGGAUUACCACCAAUUCGGGACGCUGAAAGUGAGCAGCAAGACCAUCAAAUGCGUCUUCAUGGACGAGGACGACGAGGAGGACGACGACGACGACGACCUGCAGUUGCGGAUCAAGCAGGAGGAGGAGGACGACGACGAGGAGGAGGACCACCACCAGCAGCAGCAACAGCAGCAGCAGCAGCAGCAGUUGAGGCGGUACAACGUAGCCAAAGUCCCGGCCAGCCCCACCUUGAGCUCGUCGGCGGAGUCCACCGAAGGGGCCAGCCUGUACGAAGAGGUGAGGGGGGCCGCCGCCCCGCAUGGCGCCAGCGCCAGCAGACUCUACUACGGCUUCAAGAGUAUGCCCAAGAGCGCCCAGCAGCCCAGCCUGUCCCCGGCUUCCUCCCGGUCCGUCUCCACCUCCUCCUCCUCUUCCAGCAGCAGUAGCGAAGAGGCGGACGACCUGAUGUUUGACUUGAGCUUGAAUUUCUCCCAGCACACUCACGCCGCCUCGGAGAUGGGCGUGAGCUCCGCGGCAGGCAACCUGUCCCUCUCCCUCGUGGACAAGGAUUUGGAUUCGUUCAGCGAGGGCAGCUUGGGCUCUCACUUUGAGUUCCCCGAUUACUGCACCCCGGAGCUGAGCGAGAUGAUCGCAGGCGACUGGCUGGAAGCGAACUUUUCCGACUUGGUUUUCACUUACUGAAGAAGCGAGGGAGAGGGAGGGAGAGAGGAAGCAGAGGAAAACGCGACGGGCAGGCGAACAGGCUGAGAGAGAGAGAGAGAGAUCAAAAGGACUGAGAAAAAAAAAAGAAAAAAUCGGUAAUGGAAAGUUGAUGCUAGUGAUUUACGCUUAAACGUGGUGGAGUUUUGAAGUGAAGUAAUGAUCAAAAUGUCUUUGGAUUUUUCUUUUCUUUCUUUUUAAAGUCUUGAAGUUAGUUCCAAACCGAGUCCGGAGUUGUGAUUUUUUUUUUCCUUCUGAUUUUUUUUUUUUAAAAAAAUUGGUAAUCACAACAGUAGCAGCAAGGAAAAAAAGGCAAAUGGGACUGGGGGUUAAAAGAUUCAGAAGGCGUUGUUUGAAGUUUGUGAUUCAAGUCUGGAAGUGGUCUGCAAAAAAAAAGUCUUUUGGCAGCACAACUGUUACUCAAGGGGGUUUGUGGAUUUUUGUUUUUGUUUCUCCUACAAAGAUUUCUAAGGACUGUUCUGAUUUUUUAUUUUUUUUUAAAGGGACCAUUACAAACUCUUUUUGUUUGGAGGGAGAAAACUGAUGUCUUCUAUGCAUCCAAUUCUUAACAAAGCUGCAGGGAGCUUGAAAAAAAUGCAGACUGUACAAACGCUUACAAAACAAAACUGUGAACUGACUUAAGAUCAGAGUUUACUUUUCAGAUCAAAUUGUUUAUGGUUUUACAAAUGUGAUUUCUACUUGCCAACUUUUUUUUUUGUAACUUGUUCCCUUAUACCUCCUUGAUUGAAUACCAGACAGCCUAGACCUCAGUACACAAAGGUAUUGAAACAUUUUUGAUACAUAACAGACCUCAGUCUUUUUAAAAAAUUAAUAUAUUUUCAGGCGUAUUUUUGUACAGUGAAAGGGAACAUUCUUGCUGUGUUUUUUCAGUAAGACUUUUCAGGCACUUCUUCCCUUUUAUUUUUUUAUUUUUUUCCUCUGUUUUUAGCAUGCAAGUUAUAUGGGUACGUUUAUGUCCUGGUUUUGAAAGGAUUAAAAAAAAAUCCUUGUAUCUAAAGGCCUUGUGGUUUAAAAACAAAACAAAACAAAACACUUUUUUGUACAGCUAUAGUUCAGAUUUGUUCAAUAUUUGUAGGUAAAGAUUUAUUGAAAAUGGUGAUAUAGACCUCAGAGCUGUUAUCUUAGUUUAAAAGAUUGUAUAUGUACUGUACUAUAGUAGGAAUUUAUGUAUCUCAUAUGCUGUGAUAUGUGAAUGGGGGCCCAGAUGGAAGGUAUGAAACUGGAUUCUCAACUUUUUUUUUAGUGAAAAUUUAAAAAAAAAUGAAAUGGGAAAAAAGAAAGGCACAUAGUAAAAGUUUCUCAUUUUGUGCAAUAUGAUUCUUACAAGUACAGACCAUCUGCAUAUUUUGUAGCAUAGGAUGGCAACACAACAGAUUUGUGCACUGUCAACAACAUUGUCUUUUUUAAAAAAAUGCUGAAAGUCUGUAUCUUGACAGUUUUAAUAAAUCAGCUGGAACUGAUAGAAAUUCGAUUCAACAUUAGCCUUUACAGAAGCAAUGCCUCUGGAUAUGCCUUGUAUCCAAGCCUUCCCUCACCCUCCUAGCUGAGACUUCAUGGGGGGCGGGAGGGGUGGUUGGGGAGAAAAGGGUAGAUAGACUUUAAAGGGCUGAUAUCUUUUUUAUACCUCUUCCCUUUCUCUCCCGUGAUGUGCGCUUCCCCCAUCUUUGGUCGGGUGGUGCAGGAAAAGGCGAUUGGGGGCAAAAUGGCGGGAUAAAGGGCGAGAGAGAGAGCUUCGAUUCUGGCGUGUUCCAGGGCUGUACCUCCGGGUCCUUCGUUUCGAGCGGCGGGUGCCAAGCCAGCAAGGAUGCCAGGGUUGGGACCCAGCGUGAUUUGGCCGUGGGGUGUGUAUGUAUGGGGGGGAGACUGUAGCAGCAACCUUGGCUGGAUGUAAGGUGCCCAGUGGGGGAGGAGGGAUUGGGUCACCUUCAAGUUGUCUCGGUGCGCGAGGAUGGGCGCGCAGGCGGAUGCCGCUGAAGCUAAAGAUUUAGCCGAGUGUUUUUACAGGCUUAGAGCUUGGUUGUUUUGUUUUUUUUUUCCCCGGACUAGGUUAUUUUUCUCGCCGGCGUCUUGGUUUGACGCCCCGCCACCCCAGCCGUUUCUCUGACAGGGAUGUCGGUGCGCUCCCCUUGAGCCACGCAAAGGAGGGGGGGGGAGAGGGAAGGUGUCUCUUUCACGAAGGCUUUGCUCGCCAUCAGGUCGGAGCUUUGCGAGGGGGCGUGCCUUGACCAUGUGGGGCAGCGCCGCGGUUCGCUUUAGUCUGCCAAAGCUGCCGCCGCCUCAGGAACGCGCAGUGGACGAGCCAAGAAAAGGAACUGAAUGAGGAGAGGGGGCGUGCCCGCCUGCGUGUUUGUGUAGAGUCGCUAUUUUCAACUCCCAAUAUUACGAAGAAAAAAAAAAAGGUUGACGUGAAUAAAAUGUGAAAGACAAGCCGUGUGUGUGUGUGUGUGUGUAUGCAUAUCAUAUUCUUUCACUCGCCGCGACGCCAAUAACCGUCGGCUCUCAGUUCGUGACGAGCGGGGCUCUUCUCUCUUUUUCCAUCCCUGCUUCGAGCGAAACGUUGAAAACCGUGCGACACCGAGAGGCGCGCGUGCCGGUGUGGUUGAGUGAGGGAGUGAGUGAGCGCGCGGAGGCUUCUAGGCUAGGAGAGGGCCGUGCGAGCAUCCCCCCUCUCCCCCCCGCCUUCUGUGUGAAGGGAGGUACCUUCUCAGCGGGGGGGGGAGGGAGGAGGAGGGCGGCUGACGGCUUUUCUCAUUUUUCAUAGAGGCAGCUUUCCGUCUCGUCCCUUCCCCCACCUACGUUUUAGCCAGAAGCCUUUGCAUUGAUUUCUUAUUUUUUUCCCCCCAUAGAACAGACUGGGGAGAAAAGGGCGUGUUAUAGGUAGCUCGGAUAUACUGCUUUUCUUCAUCCCACCUCAGCCACUGCCUUAUUUUCUUUGUAAGAUGGGAUUUUGAUUGCGCCCCGAGAGCAUUAGGGGCCGUUCGUCUUUUGGGGCGCAGUUGUUUCCUUCCAGGGACUCUGUUUUGUUUCCUCAACUGAGCAAGAAAACUCUGUAGUUAACGAAAGAUGCUCUGCACAGGGGAAAGUGGCAUCUUACUUUGUCCCAGAGCAGCUGGGAGUCUUUUUUACCAGUGAAAUAGGCUCUGUUUUCCUUUACUGAGAUCUGGGCCUCAGGCACAGGAAAUGGGAAAGAAAGAUGAACUGUGGCAGACACUUGGAGUGGGGGUGGGGUGUGAACUUUUUUUUUUUUAAAUAAUAUUUCAGUCUUAAACUUUAGUGGGAAAAUUAAGAUUAUAACUAGAUUUAGUCACAAGAAUAAUUUGUGGUAAGCUUUGGAAGGCUAUCCGUUUGUUUUAAAUAAAUAAUAAAUCAAUUGUACAUUUGUCAGUAUGGUGAAUAAAUCAUCCAACCAGUCCUAACUCAUUAUUCAAAAUUAAGACGAUUGGGAGUUGCAGUUGUGAGCAAUUGUGAUCCCAAGUAAGUGUGAUUGCCAUUUUCCAUGAAACUCUGAUCAGUUUAUUUUACUUUCAAGUAAUGACUUGAAUUACUUGUGAUUGUAUUUGGAGUUGAAAAGUAAGUCCUGCUUGAAUCAGUAGGGCUUAUUUUUCUGUAAACAGGGUUAGAAUUGGUUUGAUGAUAUUUUAUAGGCAAUUUACUGAGCUGCUCACUUUUGGAAUCACUGCUUAAAGGCUUCCAGGCUGGCUGAAGAUAGACCUGUCUACUACAUAGUUGUAUGAUAUAAAUAGAAUAAAACCUUUAAAUAUAGAUUGUUGAUCAAAAAAAUCUUUGGUGAGAGAUCAAUUUUAAAUUAGUUAUUUAAACUGGUAAUAAAGUGCUUAAAAUUAUCUCUUUAAGCAAAGACCAUGGCCUAUUUUGUUUUAUUUUUUAAAAGAGGUGGUUUGGUUUAAAGCUUUGUUUGAUUGAAAAAUUAUGGUGUACCUCAAAACUUCAGUCUGUGUCUUUGUAUUGUGCAAAGGCAUGAUAAAACUUUUAGGGGAGAAGCUAAUGUAACACGUAACAUAUUUUCGGCUAGGAAUAGUCUAAUAAAACUCAAGUCCUUGAAUUUUAGGUGGGUUUUUUUGGGGGGGGGUCUCUUAAAUUUUGGAUGUGUUAAUGACUUUACAUAUUUUUAAACAAUUUAUUGGACUAUCUGAGAGAAAAUGAGACAAACAACUGUGCCCUGCAGUCUGAUAAUUAAUUUUCAGCAGUUGAAUACCACCAGUUUUGUAGACUGGACAUAGAAAAUUAAUCUUUGUUAGCUACAUGAAGUCAAAAUAUUUUUAUUCUUUGAGCUAGUCUCCUAGCUUCUGUAAUUUGUGAAAAUGGUAGUGCAAAGGGGUCUGUGUGUGCUGAAGAAUUGGGGAGCUCUGUCUGCCUUAAUUAUGGAGCUGCCUGGAUUGACUACAGGAACUGUAUUUUAACCUCCUUUUCACGUUUAUUAUGUGAAGAUACAAGGGUGUAACUCAUCUAAACAAGAUAUAUUCCAACUGAACAGAACAUUUACUUUUAGUGACAUGGGAGGCUGAAUAUAUUUCUAAAGCUGAAUUUUGUCAGUCAUAUAAUGAUUUGGAAACGGGAACACACAGUAUAUAAGAUCUAAGAAUGUGCAAUAUACAAGGAAGGGGACUGUACGUUUAAUCUGGAAAAUUAAAAUUGGUCAACUUGGUUAGAUAAUCUUUUUUAAAAAUUCAGAAAUGGAAAUGUAUCUAGUGAAAAAUCUAUUUUCCCAUUGUAAGUGGGGGAUAUAUCUUACUAAUAUUAGUACAAUUCUAAUUGGUAGACUUGUGGACUGUGGUCCUAAAUUCAGUAUUGCAGUCCUAAGUACAUUUACUAAGAAGUUGCACUCAAAUCAUGCAGCCUGUUUUUGAGUAAAAUGCCUGAAUAUUGUAUGUUUUCUCUCAUCAUAACAUAUAUGCUCAUAACUCUUCCUUGUAAUUGCACAUGUACAUUUAGGCAGACUUUUAUAAAAUAGAUUUAUUUCUUGGGCUGUUGCAUUGUUUGUCUCCUCCUCCUCUUCAGCACUUUUCAUCUUCUUGGGUGAGGAGAUGCAUUGUUCAAGGGCAUAAGAAAAUGUUUUAAAGAUUGUCAGCUUUUAAUAUAUGAAAAUAUCGUAAUCCAUAUAGAAUAACAUUUCAAAAAGCAACCUAAGAUUUUUUUAAAGACACUUUGUGGAAGGUGAAAUCCAGUUUGUAUCUUUCCUUCUGGCUACUUCCUAUCUAAUGUUAGAAGAUCUAAUUAAAAAGAAAGUUUAAUUCUUUAAGGACAAUAUAUAUGACAGAUUAAAUAGAUUGAUGAAAAUGUCUUUUAAAAUUGUAUUUACUCUAAAUAUAGAUGUCCAUACAUGCAAAAGGUAACUUUUUCCUAGUGUAGUGUCUACAGAAAGUGAUUUGAACCUAUAUGGCCUUAAUGGCCAUUUAUGCCAAUGUAAAUUGGUUAUAAAACUGUAAUUAUUCCAGUCACUAUUGAAUGUGAAAUUAGAAUCAGAUACUAAAGACUUGUAUUAGUCUUUGAUAGCCUACUCUACAGAACUCUCUGUUCUAUAUCUCCACCUUUGUCACAUAUUCUUCUAUGGCCUGGUACGAUCCUCAUCCUGCACUUCUUUGGUGAAUUUUGUUUGACUCUAAUUUGCGUUUGUCAAUAUUUUUAAAUUGGGCCUUGAUUAUCCAAUAAAUUGGAAGGUUAUUUUUUACAGCCUCAUCCCCUUGCUCUUGAAGAGUUGCAAGAGAUAAAUAAUUAAUUUAUUUUUCAUCCACAAAUGUUGUUAUUUCCCUUUAGACACCUAUACUUUGAGGGUGAUUUCCCCCUCCUUUCCACACACUACCUAUAGCAAUUAACUGCCUACUUGAUUUUUACCUCCCCUCAUGGAUGCAGUGAAUUUUUAAGAGAAUUUCACAAGCAAGUAGUUUUUUAGUGAGUUUAAACGUGAACAGAGUUUUAAAAGCCUAUUUUUAUAUUCCGUAUAAAGCACAAAUGUGCAGAAAGUGUAGAAUGACUUACAAAAAGGGAAAUAAAAGUCCAUAAUAUUUCAUGUAUAAAAGUAAUACUGUAAUUGGUUAUUGAUUCUUCUAGAAAGUCCCAAUAAUUAUGCCAGUGCAAAGCUAGAAUUAUUGCAACAUCUAAGAAACGAUGAUGGACAACAGUUUCACAGGACUGACUUCUAUGAAUAAAAGCUACUCCUAGUUCAUUAUAGGGUUGGUGGUUCUCAUGGACACAUUAACAACCUGAAAGUUUGAAAAUGGAGUUCCCUGUCUUUAUUAAGUCAUCACACACCUUUUUCAUAUCCAGAUUUCUCUGCUGUGAAUUAAAGGGCCAUACUCAAAUUAGGCUCUCUGGGAAAUUUUGCUUUUAAGAAAUUAGGAUGUACUAAUUUUAGAAUAUUUAUCUGCUAGCAUGUCCUAAUUACUUCAGUGGAAUAUCUAAAUAAUAUUAUCAGUAGGAGUGAAUCCACUGUUUUUCCAACAAGAUUGGAAAUACUUUUAUUUUUAAUGUGAUGGUGUAAUAAAUUCUAAUCCAGGAACUCUCAGUUUCAUUGCUUAAUUUUCUUUCCAUCUUACUGCUUAUCUUCAAACCCAGUUGUCAGGAAUAUUAGCACCAUUAUCAUUCUUUUGCAAUUUCUGGUUUUAAAUCUUGUAGUAUAUUGGAAGUAUGGAGCCUACAAAUGCCAUGAUACUUU